AUGGACUCGACCAACCCGCCGACUAAGCCCUGCCACAACUGUCGGCGACAACGGCUCCGGUGUGACCAGUCAUACCCACACUGCAACAAAUGUACUGCCGCUGGAAAGGAAUGUCUUGGAUAUGGGAAACUGUUCCGCUGGACAGGCGCCGUCGCUAGCCGCGGCAAGCUUGCUGGGAGGACGUCGAGUGCUCCUGUAGACGCAGCUGCAAGGACGGCGGCUCGAGCAACAAGAGUGGCCGGAAGGAAGGCUGAUUUGGAUUUCCUUACGCCGAGCAGCUCACCUCCUGCUUUGUGUAGUGACGCGGGAACUCCGGUGGAUAUGUCCAUGUCAGAAUAUCAGGGUGAUGUGAAACUGGUUUUAAGAUCACCAUCGCCAGAGAGUGCUGUUACCAGUCCGUGGGCGUUGGCAGAUCCUCUGUAUCAGGAUAUGCAAUAUGAUCAUCGGUAUUACCUGUCAUAUUUUACGAAUCGAGUCUGUAAAGAUCUUGUAUCUCAAGACGUUCCGGAACGCAACCCGUUCCGUGGCUUGCUUCCAUUGACUAGGGCUCACCCACUCCUGCAGCACAUUAUAGUCGCUGCAUCGGCGGCACACAUGUCGAACUUGGUUCGUGCUCCGCUGGCAAAUCACCCGAAGGGUGUGGACGACGGUGUUACUGCGGGCAUUGAACAAGCAUCGCGUCGCGCACUUCAGGACGCGCUGGUCGCCAAAUCCAAGGCGUUGACCUUGAUGCGUGGUGCGGUGGAAAACAUCAAAACGACUGGGGGUGAUGUUGUGCUUGCUGCCGCUCUCUUCUUCAUCAACGUCGAGUUGAUUGAGUCGGGGAAACAUGGCUGGAAAGCUCACCUUGAGGGGGCUGGGAGAAUCAUGUCCUUGUUACAACCUGAUAGUGUGGCAGACACUGCCUUGCGAGACUACAUGCUGUCGGAUUGCUUUAUCUACUUCAUCCUGGCUUCUGCAUUCAUGCCUGCGGCCUCGUUUGACACCCAAUCCUACUUCCAGCCAUCUCAGAUUCCUUUCAUACUCCAAAGAGCAGCAGCCAACAGCUACCUCUGCUGUCCUCCUGAAAUUCUCACCAUUCUACAUUCGGCCUCCCAGUUAUCCAACGUCUCUCCCGACGUCGCUCCCGAAGAAGACGUCAGGGCAGCAGGUCUAGUCCUCAUCCAGGAAGCUCAAGCCUUUGACAUCAAUGGAUGGGCCAACGAUGUUCGGAAUAUGUCUUAUCUACAGGAUGCACCAAUUCAAAGCAGAAUCCAUGCAGGGUCAGCUCACCGCCUUGCAGCAUGUCUAUAUAUUUUGCAGGCGAUUCCAUCGAUGAGCCAAAUGAACGAUCACGGUCAAGUGGCGGAGGCUCUGAGCCGGGACAUAUUUAAGCAUCUGUCUAGCAUUCCCGACAAUGAUCCCAAUUUCAAGGCUACGACUUGGCCGACUUUUAUUGCAGGGGCCGAGGCUGGCGGUCGCGCUAGGAGGGAAUGGGUCAUGGACAGAUUGCAGCGGCUUGUGAGAUCCUGCCCCUGGGGUUUUAUAUACACCGCUAUGGAGACAUUGCAAGUCAUUUGGGACCUGGACAACAAAGGUCAAGGGACCAAGAGCUGGGUUCAGACUUUAAAGGACCCACAAAUGAACUUCCUUAUGGUAUGA